GCUCAACCAUCAUUGUUACUUACACUUACUCAUUAUCGUUACGCUUACCUCGCACCCGCUUCUCCAGGAGCACAUCUCAUCUACUUCACUAGCGUGAAGCGUGGACAGUUGCCCACCAUUUUCGCCAACAACCUCUGCAGCUCUCACAACCAACACCGGGGCAGCAGACACUCCUGCCCUUCGCCCAAAGAGUUCUAGUUUGACCCCUACAGAACUCUUUCUUUAACUCUCUAUUAUCUUUCUUGCAUUGCCAGUUACCUCCCCAUCCGGAAGCAUCUGAUCAGCGCAUCACAUAUUCCCACCAUGGCACCAGUCGCUACUUCCAACACCUUCGCCUCCAACGGCAACGGCAACGGAAACGUCAGCAGCAGUCACCCGGUCAACCCCACUGCUGCUCGUCAUGAAGAUAUCCAGUCGAUCCACGUCAACUCGCCCAAUGUCAAGUACACGGACCAGCACAUCACCUCGACCUACGAGUACCUCAACACCCACGUCACGAAGCAGACCUCGGCUGACGGCAAGACGAUCUUUGUAGCCACACCUACGGCCACCACCUAUCAGUUCCGCACCCAGCGUCAAGUUCCCAAGACCGGCCUGAUGCUUGUCGGAUGGGGAGGUAACAACGGUACCACGAUCACUGCUGCUAUUCUUGCUAACAAGCACAACAUUACUUGGCACAACAAGGAGGGACUCCAGAUCCCCAAUUACUAUGGCUCCCUCGUUCGUGCCUCCACCGUCCGUCUCGGUAUGGACCCGGAAACGGGAAGGGACGUCUAUGUGCCCUUCAGCAACGUCGUCCCCACCGUCCACCCGAAUGACUUUGUCAUUGGCGGCUGGGACAUUAGCGGCCUCAACAUGGCUGACUCGAUGACCCGCGCCAAGGUCCUCGACUAUGACCUCCAGCGCCAGAUCGCUCCGAUGAUGAAGGACAUGAAGCCCCUCCCUUCGGUCUACUACCCGGAUUUUAUCGCUGCUAACCAGGAGGAGCGCGCGGACAACGCCAUCGCCGGCACGGACAAGGCUGCCCACGUUGAGCAGAUCCGCAAGGACAUCCGCGACUUUAAGGCCCGCAAUGGUCUCGACCAGGUCGUUGUCGUCUGGACCGCCAACACGGAGCGCUACUCGGACAUCAUCCCUGGCGUCAACGACACGGCUGACGCGCUCCUCCACAGCAUUAAGACCAGCCAUGAGGAGGUCUCUCCCUCAACGGUAUUUGCCGUCGCCUGCAUUCUCGAGAACGCGCCCUUCAUCAACGGCGCCCCGCAGAACACAUUUGUUCCCGGUGCCAUUCAGCUCGCCGAGCGCCACGAGGCGUUUAUCGGCGGCGACGAUCUCAAGACGGGCCAGACAAAGGUCAAGUCUGUGCUAGCCGAGUUCCUCGUCAAUGCCGGUAUCAAGCCGCUGAGCAUUUCGUCUUACAACCACCUGGGCAACAAUGACGGCUACAACCUAUCAAGCGCGCGCCAGUUCAAGUCCAAGGAGAUCUCCAAGUCGUCUGUCGUCGACGACUGCACAGCUGCCAACCACCUGCUGUACAAACCGGCUUCGGGCAAGGCAGGUGACAAGGGGGAGCACCCGAACCACUGCAUUGUUAUCAAGUACAUGCCUGCCGUCGGCGACCAGAAGGUUGCCAUGGACGACUACACGAGCGAGCUCUGCCUCGGCGGCCGCAACAGGCUGUACGUGACAAACAUCUGCGAGGACUCGCUGCUCGCGUCGCCGCUGCUCAUCGAUCUCGCCAUCAUGGCGGAGCUGAUGACGCGCGUUAAGUACACCGUCUUCAAGCCAGAGCAGGCGCAAGCUGCCGUCGAGGAGGGAAAGUUCAAGAGCAUGUACAGCGUGUUGAGCUUGCUGUCGUACUCACUCAAGGCGCCCGUCGUUAAGCCCGGCACGGAUGUUGUCAACUCGCUCAACCGCCAGCGCGCCGCUGCGACCAACUUCUUGCGCGCCUGCAUCGGCCUCGCGCCUGAGAGCGACCUGCUGCUCGAGACGCGCACCUGGUAGACGGAUGGCCACACGCUGCGCUCGCCUUGCAUCCUGCCCGGCUGCGCGUUGCAAGAUGUAUGCAGUUGCUCCGUCGCGCUCCUAAUUGACCUGUGUACAGAAUUCACCUGCUCCAGUAGUAUAAACAUUCUGCACGCAUUAUGUCAACUACAAGGCGAAUUUUGCC